AUGCUCUUCAAGUGGUCGCUGCUCUCGGGCGGCGUGUACCUGGCCUUCGACGACUUCUCCCGGGCCGGCAAGCAUGUCCUGCACUUGGCCAAAUCCAACGGAGCCCAAGCUGUCCCCGUGGCCCGGGCCACAGUGGAGACCCUGCUGCCUGCUGAACUAGCCCCCUUCGCGCAGAUCUACGAGUGGCCUGCCACCAAGGACGCCAUCAUCGCAGUGAAUACUGCAGCGCUGCCGGCCAGCCAGCGGUGGGAGCUGGCCGACGCGCUGGUCUCCGCUCUGAGUCGGGCCAACGCCCAGAGUCUCACGAUCUUGGCGGCCCUGCACUUACCGUACGCCAAGGACGGCGACCUCAACGUGUUCUACAGUGGCCUCAACGCUGAAGCCGCUGCUGAUGAGAAGGUGGACGUGGCCACGCUGGCCCAGGCAGAUCCGGCCUGGGAGGUCAAGGAUCCGUGGCUGGCCGCGCUGCUGCACUUUGUCAAGGUGGAGCAGUGGCCGCACACGCACCUGCUGCUGGCCAAGGGAUACAAGCCUGGACGCGACCUGGCUGGCACCUAUGAAGCCGUGGACGCGCUCGCCAAGGCCCUGCAGAUCUUCACCAAGGAACAGGUUACGGUUGACUCGCAGGAGGUGCAGCGUGAGCUUCCUCGGUUGUUGGCCAAGGAGAAGGUUGCCUCGACUGCGGGGGACGAUCACCUCACGCUGCUCUACCAUUAG